AUGGCGGCGGUGGUGGCGGUGGUGGGUGCACAGUUCUGCUCGUCGCAGGCAUCGCGGCUGACCCUGACCAUGAACCUCACGCGCGGCGGCACCGUAACCGACGAUGGCAACGGCGCGGUCGUGUUGCGGAUUGACGUCCCCCUCUUCCUCAGGUUCUUCGGCCGCUUCGUCCUCGCCGACGUCGCUGGCCGGCCCCUCCUCUCCGUGCAGAGAAAGGCAAGGCUCUAG